CUCUCUCAACCAACGUUCCGUUUGCCGAGCGCGGCAUGCAAUUAUUCUUGUUUUUAGUCGCGCCAAUAUGUGCCACCAUUGCUGUACGCGCAAUAGAAGCGGAUCCCGCCGUGUUUGCCAACACAACCUUUGAUUUCAUUGUGGUCGGCGGUGGAACGACGGGACUUGGAGUUGCAACGCGCCUUUCAGAUGACUUCAGUGCAAUUGUCGGCGUUAUCGAAGCAGGAAAGCACUUGGCGGAUAAUACUAUUCUAAUACCAGCCCUUGGAGGUUCGGGAGUAGGUAAUCCGACGUAUGACUGGCUAUUAUCUACAACCCCUCAGGCUCAACUUGGGAAUCGUACAUUUCUUUUGGGCCGUGGCAAAGUACUUGGAGGUACAUCUGCGAUGAACCUAAUGCAAUACACAAAAGCUUCCAAGAGGGAGUACGAUGAUUGGGGGCAGCUUGGCAAUCCAGGGUGGAAUUUUGAUGACCUGCAAGGCUUUAUGAAGAAAGCCGAAAGCUGGACGCCACCCGAACCCCGGACCGUAUCGCAAUUUGCUACUGACAAUCAUGCUCCUGACCACGGAAGGAAUGGCUCUAUACAAACUACUGCAAAUGCGAAUUAUUCUGGUCUCAUUCCGGAAUAUCUGGAUUCACUGGAGAAGCUCAGCGGCCUUCCUAGAAAUCUCUCACCCCUAGGUGGAAAUCCGGUUGGCUCCAUGUCAGUCACUGUGACUGUGGAUGCUCAUAAUCGGUCUCGAAGUUAUAGCGCCAAUGGUUAUUAUGAUCCUCGCUCGUCUCGUUCUAAUUUGGUGGUCCUCACUGGUGCUGAGGUUAUUAAGGUUGAGACAGAGAAGGGUACUAGCGGACUGCAUAAAGCCACGAAGGUUCAUUACAUUGCUCAAAAUAACGUUACAUAUGGUGCUUCCGUUUCAAGGGAGGUAAUUAUCUCUGCAGGUUCUGUGAAGACGCCGCAAGUGCUGGAACUAUCUGGUAUUGGUGAUUCAAGACAUUUGCGAAGUGUGGGGAUCAGUACUGUCAUCGACCUACCUGGUGUCGGUAAAAACCUCCAGGAUCACGUUGGUGUCAGCCUUUCGUUUUCGACUCUACCGAAUAUUACUACGUACGACGCCCUUCGGGACCCUGACAUUCUACCCAUCUUGUUCCAACAAUACGAGACCAACCGAACUGGUUUACUCAGCGGCCCUCCCUCCACUACAGCCUUCUUACCCCUGGAGAGAUUCAUCAGUGCCGGUGACAUUAUGAGAAUCAAACGUGACUUGGACAAAGAUCUUUCGAAAGCGCAGUUCAAGACGCAGGCAUAUCACAUCCAGAGGCAAUGGCUUGAUGACAACACUGUUCCCCAACUUGAGCUCGCAUUUCUGGCCGGAGGCAUUGGUGCGAACAUCACAGACCCCAAAGCAAAGUUCUAUUCGUUUGAUGUUGUCUGCUUGCAUCCCUUCGCCCGAGGUGCUGUCAAUGUCGCCAAUGAUGAUGGACGUUCUGCGCCAGUCAUUGAUCCUCGUUUUCUUGAUUCACCAGGCGACUUUGAUCGACAGAUAUUGCUGCAUGGCCUCAGAUUCGCAUUGAAUAUGGCGCAAACAGAGCCACUUCGAAGCCUCACAACUUCAGUUUCUUCAGGUCCACCUUUCAACGCCACAGAUCAGGAGUUAAAGGAAUGGAUUCGAGAUAACGCUACGUCAGACCUUCAUCCUACGGGCUCUGCUUCGAUGCUUCGGCGAGAACUAGGAGGCGUCGUAGGACCAGAUUUUCUAGUCCAUGGAACAAGCAACAUUCGAGUUGUUGAUAUGAGCAUCUGGCCCUUGCACUUGGGUACUCACCCCACUGCGACACUCUACGGGCUUGCCGAGAAAGCCGCCGAUGUUAUUGGUCAAGGCAAUCUCAGUGAAGGUUGAGUACGUCACGAGACUCUCAUAUACAGUUGCGCAGUAUGAAAGUGGCAAGCGCAUAAUGAUAUUCCUUGUCCGAGAAAGACAGACCUGAUAGUUAUUUGCUCCGACCACGCUUGGAGGGCAUUCUAAGGAUACUAACCGUGAAUUGGGCUUGUGCCAAAGCACGAGAAGAUCUAUCUGCACUGCAUUGAUAUUAUGUUGAGUGUCCGCUGAACGGACAGAUCUCCGGAGGCGCUAUAUCAUGUCAGAUGCGACUGUUUCGAAUCCCGUAGAAUGCGGAGGAAGACCCAACGAAGAUCCAAAAGAUUUACCUAGGUCCACGAACUUAUUGUCGAUGAAACGAGGGGAGUAAGACCACUGGGGAAGCGGCAAAGAUGGCAAUCAACGCAUCCUGGAAUUAUGCAGUGCAUGAUGUGAGCAUCU